AUGACUUUCUCUCUUCUUGUCGCCACUGUCUCUGCUGCCAUUCUGGCAUCUCAGGUCGCUAGCGCUGCUCUGACCAAACAUGUCACUUGUGCGUCUGGGCAUGUAACGGCUAAUCGUGCAUGUUGCGCGCUUUUCCCAAUCGUGGAUAUGUUGCAGGAGGAACUUUUUGAUGGAAGUGAAUGCGGAGAGGAGGUAUUUGCUGCUCUCAAGCCAAGCACAGUGGAUAUGGAGUAA